UGACGUACGGUUUAGGGUUUAUAUCUCUGCUGUUCAGGAGUUGAUUGCGAGAAAAAUCCUUUGAGAAAGAUGCCUCGCACGACCACCGUGGACCUCCCUGGUUGCCCUCCGCUUCGAGCCCUAACUUUCGAUGUGCUCGGUCUUGUGAAAGUUGUUGAAGCUCGUACGAAGCAAGGAGGGGUGCCCAAGGUUGUUGAGCGAUGGGGCGAGCCGGACUCCUCCAAAUGUGUGCUUGCAGCUUCCAUGAAUAACAGCCAAUCAGACCCCUUAUUAGCUGUUGCAAGGAGAAAUGGUGCGAUUGAGGUACUCAACCCGCUUAAUGGGGACCUCUGUGUUUCAAUUUUAGAUGUCAGUGAUGCUGGUGUUCAUCCUGAAAAUGAUGCCACCGUUGGUUUGCAUUUAUUCAGGAAACCAAGACUUGGCUGCGCAUCUAGGACUUGCACUUUGCUUACAUGUACAACAAAAGGGAACGCUACUAUGAGGUCCAUUGAAGUUGCCAAUUCAUCUGCAGAUUCUGCCUCUUCUGGUUCAUCAAGAACAUGGAAUGUAUGUGCUUCUGGUAACAUAUUGUGUUGUGAAGUUGAUGGAACUGAAAAUUAUUCCUUAUUUGGAGGGAAAGGUGUUGAAGUUAACUUGUGGGAUCUUGGCACAUGUAGUAAGAUCUGGAGUGCUAAACCUCCUCCCAAAAACAGCCUGGGUAUUUUCACGCCUACUUGGUUCACAUCUACAGCAUUCCUGGACAACAAUGAUCACCGAAAAUUUGUUACUGGAACCAAUAACCAUCAGGUUCGCCUCUAUGAUAUAUCUGCUCAGCGGAAGCCUGUAAUAUCGUUUGAUUUCCGGGAGACCCCUAUUAGAGCAGUCUCUCAGGAUCUCGAUGGCCAUACAAUAUAUAUAGGAAAUGGAUCAGGUGACCUUGCUGCUGCUGACAUACGCACAGGGAAAUUGUUAGGGUGUUUUCUUGGAAAGUGUUCUGGGAGCAUCAGAUCCAUAACCAGGCACCCAGAGCAUCCUUUGCUCGCUUCUUGUGGUUUGGAUGGGUAUUUGCGUUUUUGGGAUAUAAAGACUCGGCAACCUCUUUCAGCAGUUUUCUUGAAGCAGCAUCUUAUGGAUGUCAUUUUCGAUUCCAACUUUGAUGACCAAGAAGAGUCCCUCCCUGCCACAGAUUUGUUGGUACAUGAAGCACAGGACACAAACGAGAUCGUAAUUAAUGAUGAGACUGGGAUACAGCGUGUCAAGCGAAAGAAGGCAAAGAAAGGUAAAGAAACUAGCGUAAAGGAAUCUAAAGAAGAUGAGGGAGUGAAGAAGUCGAAGAAAAAAAAGCAAGAGGUUAAAGCAUGAUGCAAUUAAUGACACAUCGUGAUUAAAAGGCACGAGGAUAGUGAUGGACACCGGAGUGGAGGACCAGGGAAAUUUUGCAUAUGCGAUUGGGAAGGUGCAAAGGGAGCAGUUGCACAGCAUCUUUGAUCAGCUCCUUGAACGGGAAGGGUCCCGGGUUCUGUUUGCGUGAAAUUUAUUUAUUAUGGGUAAUGGAGGAUAAUUUACAGCUGAGCUACGUUCAAGUAUGGGCAUCAAAUUUUGGUCUCCAGUGAGCAAAAUAAGUUACUUGUAAAAGAUUCUGUCUUUUUGGUUGAUAUUUAGGUUGUAGUGGUACCAAAUUGCGUAGGUGGUGUUGCUUUCGAAAGAGUUUAUGUGCUGUAUUGGUAAAAUACCAUUACCAACGGUUUUUGAGAAAAUAUCUUUCGACUGUUCGUGCAGCCAGCC